CUGGUUAGUGCGGAGUGACGGGUCAGGCGAAGCUUACCGCUAACAUUAGCAGAGGCUGUUGCUAUCCACUUCAGCCUUUUUGUUGUAUAAUAAAGCGGUAAUAAAGUAAAAAUGAGCUCUAUCGGUACCGGAUAUGAUUUGUCUGCCUCCACCUUUUCACCCGAUGGAAGGGUAUUUCAAGUAGAGUAUGCCAUGAAAGCAGUGGAGAACAGCAGCACAGCAAUUGGAAUCCGCUGUAAAGAUGGAGUAGUUUUUGGUGUAGAGAAGUUGGUGCUGUCCAAACUGUAUGAAGAGGGCUCCAACAAGCGCAUCUUCAACAUUGAUCGUCAUGUUGGCAUGGCUGUGGCAGGUCUUCUUGCAGAUGCCAGAUCACUUGCCGAGGUGUCAAGGGAAGAGGCGUCCAACUUCCGCUCCAACUAUGGCUAUGACAUCCCGUUGAAGCAUCUGGCAGACAGAGUCGCGAUGUAUGUUCAUGCUUACACCUUAUACAGUGCUGUACGUCCUUUUGGAUGCAGUUUCAUCCUUGGAUCUUAUGAUAAAGAUGAUGGUUCUCAGCUUUACAUGGUGGACCCCUCAGGAAUUUCAUACGGUUAUUGGGGUUGUGCCAUUGGAAAAGCCAAGCAAGCAGCAAAAACAGAAAUUGAAAAACUCCAGAUGUCAGAGAUGACCUGCAGAGAGCUGGUAAAAGAGGUCGCAAAGAUAAUCUACAUUGUGCACGAUGAGGUGAAAGACAAAGCUUUUGAACUGGAACUCAGCUGGGUUGGAGAAGUAACAAAAGGAAGACACGUGCUUGUACCCAAGGACAUCAAAGAAGAGGCUGAGAAAUAUGCUAAAGAAUCACUGGAGGAGGAAGAUGACUCUGAUGAAGACAACAUGUGAACCACUUGACUUUCUUUUCACUUAAUGCAGUGUUUUUCAAUCCUGGUGAACCCCAACUAUGCACAUUUAAGUGGCAUAAACUACAGCUUAAAAAGAACAUUUUUAAACCUGGACUGUCAGGAAAAAAUAAAAAUAUAUAAAAACGUUCAGUUUCUUGACAUUUGACCAAAAUUGAGAAACACUGACAAAGUAAUAACUGAGUGCAUUUACAUGGUUAAUAAAUGUUUGUUUCUUUUUAUAACAAUAUGAAAUUAAAUUUAGAAAAAAAACUU